CGAUCGCGACCCGCGUCACGCCUCCACGUAGCAAAGUGUAAACAGUUUAACCUAAAAGUGCGAAGUGACUGGUGAAAAAGUUUAAAACCAGGAAGCUCACGAACCCACAUUUGAAGACUUCCAAAUUCACCUCCAGUAAUUGACUAUGGGAGAAUAAGCGAAAAACAAUGUCCGGACGCCGAGUGAAGUGUCUGAGUGUCGAGUGUUAUGUGCAGUGAACUGUGAAGUGGCUGGAACAUGUGAAGCCGAGCACGAUGUGGACGGCGGAGCUUAGCUGUAUUAUCAUAUUGUUCGGUGUAUCAGCAGAUGGCGGGGGCUGGGAGCCACUUGGGCAGCCCUACUUCGACAACAGCACGAAGCGAGAGGCCACCGCCGCCGUGGGCCAGCCAGCGUACCUGCACUGCCGAGUGAGAAAUCUGGCGGAUAGAGCGGUAUCCUGGAUUCGCAAACGGGACCUCCACAUCCUGACCGUGGGCGUCCACACGUACAGCAGCGACGCGCGUUUCGCGGCGCUCCACGCAGAUGGCUCCGACGAGUGGACGCUGCGCGUGUCACCAGCCCAGCCAAGAGACUCCGGCGCGUACGAGUGUCAGGUGUCGACAGAGCCGAAAAUCAGUCUGUCGUUCCGGCUGACUGUCGUAGUGUCAAAAGCGGAGAUUCUGUCCGGACCCGAGCUGUUCGUGCGCGCGGGCUCCGACAUCAACCUCACCUGCGUCGCCAAAUACGCUCCGGAUCCUCCGAGUUUCAUCUACUGGUACCGCGGCGACCAGGUGGUGAACUAUGCGCAGCGCGGCGGCAUCAGCGUGGAGACGGAGCAACGUACGCGCACGAGCCGGCUGCUCAUAGCGCGCGCUGCGCCGCAUGACUCGGGGAACUAUACGUGCGCUCCAAGCAGCUCCGAGUCCGCCUCGGUAAUAGUGCACGUACUGAGCGGAGAGCGGCCGGCGGCCAUGCAGAGUUCCGGAUCGUCCCCGCCCGGCCUCAACCGGGCGAUCUUGGGCCUCGCCACCGCUACUACGGUCUCCAGCCCUCGCCUGUGGCUCGUACUCGCGCUCCCCGCUGUCACAACCCAAGUCACCACCAUCACUCUACUAGUUGCCAUUGCUCUAAUCAGCGCAGCUUUGGAUCUCAUCAACUAUGUAGUGAACCAAGGGUUAAAUUCGAGAUGACCAAUUUUCUUACACAAGUUUUAAACAAUAAGGGAAUGUAUUCUAGUCAUUUGUGUAUUCAAUUUCAACCAUACCAUUGUUGAAUGUAUUUAAAUACAACGACUAUAAUGUAGAUACUAAUUUUUCGUGUUGAUAUUACGAUUCAAUCUUUAUUGUCAAAAUAUUAUCGUCAAUUUUAAUGGUGAUUCUAUAAAAACUUUGCUCAUAGAAGCUCUGAGCCUGUUGAAUUAUUGAACAUUUUAGGCUUUCUUUGUAAUUUAUGCUACCGUAGCGAAAAAUGCGAUCAGUUAUUAAAAUACAAAAAUUUAUCAUACACCCAUUCGUUCAUAUCAACUUGAAAUGUGUUAAGGCAAGUUAUAACUUGACUUGUAUAGUUUGAUGCUUACGAGUAACUAUAAGAGUAGAAUUAAUGCGUUGAAGGAUUUGUACAGUAAUAUUAAUUAGUUUUAAACAAGUAUAGUAAUACCAAUCUUCGGUAUUUUUGGAGAAAUAUCUUACUCACAGAGAAAAGAAAGCUAUGAGCGAUUACUAGGUUAAGAAAAUGUUACAUUAUGUCAGUUUGUGGAUAUGGGAACUCGUACGUAAUCUGAUUUUCAUAAAAAUCCGAGUCUUAAUUAAAAUCGGUUUGUUUUUACAUGAAUGAGAAGCGGCAUCAAUGAUGGAAUCUAACGGCCCGAUUCGAACUAAAUAAAUAAAUAUUAUAGGACAAUUCUUACACAGAUUGACUAAGUUCCACAGUAAGCUUAAGAAGGCUUGUGUUGUGGGUACUCAAACAAGGAUAUAUAUAAUAUAUAAAUAUGUACUUAAAUACAUACAAAACAACCAUGACUCAGGAACAAAUAUCUGUGUCAUCACACAAAUAAAUGCCCUUACUGGGAUUCGAACCCAGGACCAUCGGCUUCACAGGCAGGGUCACUACCCACUAGGCCAGACUGGUCGUCAACUUUAAGAUACGUGUCAUAUCCCAUCCUCGUCGCCAAUUUGUUAUAUACUUAAUAAAUGCAUGCACGAUAAAUCAUAACAACUAUAUUUUUCAAGUCAGUGUCAAAACAUAAACAUCAACGGUGCUAGGGUAAUACGAUAGGGUAUACGAGGUCGUUAAGCGGGAGGUUGGGCUAUGUCAGUGGCGUGCUAACACAGAAGAUCCUAAAAGUGAAGAGGAUACUCCGAGGUACCCCAGGCAGCUCUGGAGAUACUCCCUACAUGCGCUCCUCCCUUACAUGUUCGGGAGAGAAGUAAGAACAAGACUGACGGCGAAAAUCCGUGCGCCUCCUUGGUCCCCUCCCCUUCCAGCUCUAACUCCGAUUACAAUAAAGCAAUUCGGCAUCUAGGUAGUAGAGUCCAGGCGCGAAGUUACUCUGUAUCUGAUAAGAAGUGACAAUUCGGUACCGUGAGACGCCGGCUCGGGAACCUACAUUAUGAAGUGGCAAUUGACGACGGACGUGUGUGGAUCCGACACCUGGACCAGCUGCUCCCGGCUACAGGAAUUCCACGGAAUCGCGGCGGAGGCGUGUCAUAGCCCAACCUCCCACUUAACGACCUCGUAUGCGUAUUACCCUAGCAACCGUUGAUGUUUAAGUUUUGACACUGACUUGAAAAAUAUAGUUGUUAUGAUAUAAUAUCGUGCAUGCAUUUAUUAAGUAUAUAACAAUACGUCAGUUAAUAUAUCUAGAAACGAUAUAAAUUAGAUAUGCCAAUGUCAGUGUCAAAUGUAACGUUUCUUCAAACUAAAACCAUUUCACAGUGACACAUAUAAUCCAUAUUGUUUCUAUAUCUAUUAAUAGACGUAUCUUAAAGUUCGAAUCAGGCAGUAAGUAGGUUACCGUCACUUGAGAACAUUAUGGACAGUUGAUUUUCGGGCUUAUACGUACUUAACUGACUCUUCAAUUCUUUUGUUUUUCCUUCUACCUUAAUCUCGACGAAGAUUACGAGCAAAACGAUCCUGUUAUUCGGAUCAAAAUGAACCAAGAUUCAAUGCGAAGAGGCUUGUUUGUGUGUGGGAUGACUAAGCUGUUAGUUAUUCUCGAAACCACAAUCAAAGCAAGUAGGCUAAUCCGUGGCUUAAAUAAAAUGUGCUUUAUCUUGUUGUUUGCAAACCAGAAAUUUGUGUUUACGCCACAUAUAUAAAUACUUAACCUUCUACUAUGUACCUAUUCUGACAUCCUUGUUGUGCUUUCAAAUUGGCAAGGCGGAAUAAAAAGAAGUACACAUGACAAUGUCAAUAUAUUGUAUAAAUCAAAGGAAAAUUCGAUAGUACGAUCACAUGCAAAAUAAUAAGGUUAUUGAAGAAAACCAAAUGGGAUCCCUAAGUGCCGCCGCGCGCCGUUCCACAAGUUCGAUCCAGAUUCCAGAACCAGUGAAAUAUUUAGUUCGGUAAGUUAGUCUGCACCUCCAAUUUCAGUAUAUUGCCAUUUUGAUUUGGUAGUGUUCUAUUAAUGAUUCGGAAUAUCUACAGGUUGUCCAACGGCAGAUUUACGAUUUUAGUGCGUACGCAGUUCAUCUUAUUUCCGUGAAAAAAGAAAUAGUAAUAUUUUUUACUAUGAGAAGUAUUAGAACAAUUUAAAUUAUUUUCAGAAAAUACUUUAAUUUGUUUUUAUUUCGAGUAGAAACACUACUAUUUAUAAAUUGAAAUAAAUAUCAUAUAGGUACUAAGAAUCAAACCAGACGUAGUUUGGUGUCAUAUUUCUUAGUAAGUACAUGACAUUUAUUUCAGCUUAUAUUUUUUUUAGUUUUGAAAUCGAAAAUCUGCCGCUGGAUAUCCUGUAUUUUAACAAACUGCUUGAAAUAUGAGAAGGACACAAAAUGGUUGUACAUAUUUACAUGGUUAACAUGACCCUUUGGAGAUAGAAGAAUAACCGAGGUACUACUUUUCCCUCAUUAUUUUGCUCAGAGAGCACGACAUCACUAGGCAGACUGUCCGCGAUACUUGAAGUAAUAAUAAACUAUAUUAAACUGGCUAUCUCAUUCCUUUGUGUUCUACUUUGCAAGUAUUCUUCAUAGUUUGUUCUACCGGUGUACACUUAGCAAAAGCGCCGUCGUUUGUGCUGUUCUUUUUAGCUUUUCAAAUAAAUAAACAAAGAUAAAUAAAAGAUGUGUAAUUCUUAAGAGAAUAAAGAAUCUUUAACCGUAUAUUCGUGACGAUCACAAAACAUGUACGAACAUGCACAGACAAGAACAGCAAGAAAAGAAGAAGUCAUUAAGUGUGCAUCACGCAAUAAACCCACUCAGCAUAAAGCGCUGGUCUUUUAGAUUGAUUUAACUAUUUACUUAAAAGUUUUAAUUAGUUGUUUUUAAUUUUACCCGAGUAAACUCGUAGAUAUGAUUAACAUUGAAUGAGGUGAACUUAUAACUGAAUAUAAAUUAUACCUAUAAAAACUUAUGUUUUAAACGACAGUCAUUUGUAUAUGAAAUCAUUCACCUCAACUUUGGAUACGUUAUCAGUUAAAAAAUGUUGAUUUCGUGCUUAUAUAUUUGUACAUACUUAUGUAAUUUCUAGUGUUACAACUUGCAUAAGAUAGACAUAACUGUAUCAUAUGUUUAAGCUUAACUGUCUAUUGCCCAACUUUAAUGUUUAAGACAAUACCUACAUUUUAUUGUUAAGGACUGUGGGUUCCAUGGGUGCAAUGUGAAGAAAAUAACUACCAGCUUAAUAACCUUAUCAACAUCAUCAUCAUCAUAUCAGCCAGAGGGCUUAAAAACCUAUUGAGAAGUAAAUACCAUAUUUUCUUCUCAUAAAGCGUUGUAAGCCUAUACUUAAGAAAUAGGUAUAAGCCAUCUUCCCAUGAGGUACUCAAAAGUCUACUUCAUUUGAAUCAGUGUUAAAAUUCAAAUUUACUUCUGGCCUAAUGAAUGAAGACAAAUGUUUGCAUUCCUAUUUUUAGUUUGGUAAAAUUCUAUCAUGUUUAGGAAUUGUACUUGUAAAUAAAUGUACAUAAUACACGUGAAAUAACAUAUGUAAAUAGAGUAAACUUAAACUUAGAUCUAAAAAUUAAAAAUUGUUUGUAAUUUUGUGACAGCCAAAUAUAAUUUUGUGUAAUAAUUCAUGUUGUUUUUAAAGCGAAUGUUGCAAACAUCGCAGUCGUUUAAAAGUAGAUAAUGAAAUGGGUUGUGUAAUAAAUUAUCAAAGUGUAGUUGUAUUUAAAAAAUGUUAUUUAAUGAUUUAUAAGAAUAAUAACAACUAGUCAUAAAUUAUUCGAAAGCA